AUGGGCGACUGGAACUUUCUGGGAGGAAUUCUGGAGGAGGUUCACAUCCACUCCACCAUGGUGGGAAAGAUCUGGCUCACCAUCCUCUUCAUCUUCCGAAUGCUGGUACUGGGCGUCGCGGCUGAGGACGUGUGGAACGACGAGCAGUCCAACUUCAUCUGCAACACGGAGCAGCCUGGCUGUCACAACGUGUGCUACGACCGCGCGUUCCCCAUCUCUCUGAUCCGCUACUGGGUACUGCAGGUGAUUUUUGUCUCCUCCCCCUCACUGGUGUACAUGGGUCAUGCCAUCUACAAGCUGCGAGUUCUGGAGAAGGAGCGUCACUGCAAGAGAGUGGCUCUGAGGAGAGAGCUGGAGACGCUGGACACGGAGCUGGUGGAACCUCGGCGGCGCAUCGAGAGGGAACUGCGGCAGCUGGAACAGGGUAAACUCAACAAAGCUCCGCUCAGGGGCUCACUGCUACGCACUUACGUGGUGCACAUCAUCACCCGCUCAGUGGUGGAGGUGAGCUUCAUGAUGGGACAAUACCUGCUGUACGGUCACCACCUGGAGCCGCUGUACAAGUGCGACAUAGAUCCGUGCCCUAAUGUGGUGGACUGCUUCAUCUCUCGACCCACAGAGAAGAGCGUGUUCAUGGUGUUCAUGCAGGGCAUCGCGGCCGUGUCGCUUUUUUUCAGCCUGCUGGAGAUCCUGCAUCUGGCAUAUAAAAAGUUAAAGAAGGGAAUUAUGGACUACUAUCCUCACCUGAAAGAUGACCUGGGCGAUUAUUACGGUACCAAGUCCAAAAAGAACUCAGUGGUGCAUCAGGUGUGUCUGAGUCAAGGACGCAAAGCUACCUUCCCCACUGUACCCGGCAGCUUCGGGUCGCUCCUGGAGAAACAGGGCAACGGACCAAUGUACCCACCGCUCAUCAACCCCUUAUCUGCGUUCGUUCCAAUCCAGAGUCACUCUGGACCGUCAGGUCCGGACAUUCCAAGGGAGAACAAGUACGUCGGCCCGAGUCCCCUGGAACACAACAGCAAUUCCAACAACACCGGCAGCGACACACACUCUCCUCUUGUGCACAGACGAGACGCUCCGGAGCGCUUCCCGUCUGUCUCGCUGGAGAACGACCGUUCAGACUUCCCCACCCUCCCCGUAAUGGACAUGUCCUUGUGCCCAGUGGUGCUAAGGAAGCCCCGGCGAGUGAGCCCUCCCUGGAACUGCAGCACGGUUAUGGAGGGAAAUGAUUCGGACAGCAGCGGAGACUCUGAAGCGGUAAACCAGGGCAUGAGAACUUGCUGCGGCAGGGCCGUCUCUAAGAGCGAUGUGAUGAGAGGCAGCAGAACGAACACACCUGACUCUGUGACCGAACUCAGCUCUGGUUCUCGCCAUCACAGUUCCAUAGAAAGUCCCUCGUUCUCACCGAACCGACGAACCUCAUUUGCCAGCAACAACAGCAGCAGAAGAGCAGCCACCGACUUGCAGAUCUGA